CACGACAAUAAUUAGAGGUUUGUUUAUAUUUAUAAUUAUGUGCGCAGCUAUUAAAUACCAACAAAAGCCGCGAAGGAUAAAUAAUUCUGAGUAGUUCAAUUCAAAUCGUUUUCCGAUAUUGCUUAUUAUAGAGUAAAAAGAACAUCCGGUUUAAAAAGACACCACUAGCCAUUAAUUUAACUAAUAAGAAAAUCGUUAUAAAGACCGUCAAUCUUGAAAUAAUCUGUUCAUUUGAGAAGCCUUUAAAAGAUAUAUAAUAGAACAUGCACAAAGUACACACGGAUCGAAUAAUAUCAGACUUUCCUUCUCCCUAUGAUUCAUCAGCAUCUCCUUAUCAUCAGCUUAAUUUUCAUCCUUUGGUUAAAUCUGUAUCAGCAGAAAAUCGAUCAGGAACAGUUGGAUUAAAGAUUUGUAAAGCAGUUUUAGUCGGUGAUGUUGCCGUGGGUAAAACAUGUUUGGUAAAUAGAUUCUGUCACGACGCCUUCGAUAGAGAUUACAAAGCUACUAUAGGAGUUGAUUUUGAAGUGGAAAAAUUUUCCGUCCUAUCUAUACCAUUUAAUCUUCAAUUAUGGGAUACUGCUGGCCAGGAAAGAUUUCGAUGUAUUGCAGCAUCUUAUUACAGAGGUUCAAGUAUUAUUAUUGCUGUUUGUGAUAUAAUGGAUCCGGAAAGUCUAAAUCAUACUAAAACUUGGGUAGAUGAGGCGAAAAAAACUGCCGAAAAUCCUAAUAUUUUCUUAGUUAUUACUAAAAAGGAUCUAGCUACUGAAGAACACGUUGCGCUAAUGAAAGAGGAAGGUAAAAAAAUGGCUCAAUUAAUUGGUGCUGAACUUUGGAUAGUAUCUUCCUAUACUGGUGAAAAUGUUAAAGAGUUUUUCUUUAGAGCAGUUGCAUUGACUUUUGAUAAAACAGUUCAGAGUGAAAUCGAAUGGAUAAACAAUAAGACUAAUAUUCAAAUCGGCUCUAGUCUAGUUGAUAUGAAUCAAACAACAUCGUCAUCGCGACAGAAAAGUCCAACAAGGAGUAAUUGUUGCUAAUUAUACCUUUUUUUGACCUAUUUAUUCUUAUUUCCCAUAAGACUUUAUACGUAUUAUCAGAAAAAAAAGAGAAGAAAUCUUAUCUCCCGUAUUUAUCUUCAUUCUAAAUGAAGAAAUGUUAAUUAUUGACUUGAAUAAUAAAUUCUAAUUUCC